AAACCAACCUACCAAAACCCAGAUAUUCAAUAAUUCAAUUUAUGAAUCCCUGUUCUUAACUCAUCCUAAACUUCCCAGCAACCAAAAACAAUGUCAAACUCCUCUGCAUCUGAAAAACCCACCACCAUUUCUAACACUAAUCUUCAACUACCUUAUCACGACGAAGAAGAAGAUUCAGAUUUUCUUGCCGCAGCACAAAUUUUACAGUCAGGAACACUUCCUUUGGCCCUAAAAACAGCAGUGGAGCUUAACAUUUUUGGCAUUAUGGCGAAGGCCGGUCGACCGCUUUCGCCCAAUGAGAUUGCUGCUCAGCUUCCUGCGUCCCGAAACCCGGAUGCUCCGUCACUGCUGGACCGAAUACUUCGCCUGUUGGCGUGUCACUCGGUCGUCAGCUGCUCUGUUGUCGACGGGGCUGACGGAAAUGUAGAAAGGCGGUAUGGGCUGACGGGGCUGACGGGGCUGCUCUGCUCUGUUGGAGAUGAGAAUGGAAUUAGCUUAGGUCCUUUCAUUUCCUUGGUUGAAGAUCCUAUUGUUCGUGCAAGCUGGGUUAAGUUCAAUGAAGCAAUAUUAGAGGGAGGCAUUCCAUUCAACAAAAUGUAUGGAGUCCAUGCAUUUGAUUAUCCUGGCUUAGAUCCAAGAUUCAAUCAAGUUUUCAAUGCAGCAAUGUUUAGUUAUACAACUAUUAUCACCAAGAAACUACUUGACAAAUACAAAGGUUUUGAGGGUAUCAACACACUUGUUGAUGUAGGUGGUGGUCUUGGACAUACUCUUCAUGCUAUUACUUCAAUGUAUCCUUCCAUCAAAGCCAUCAAUUUCGACUUGCCACAUGUUGUUUCCAACGCCCAAUCUUACCCGGGUGUGGAACAUGUGGGUGGAGACAUGUUUGAAUGUGUUCCUCAAGGUGAUGCCAUUUUCAUGAAGUGGAUUCUUCAUGAUUGGAGCGAUGAUCGUUGCUUAAACGUUUUGAAGAAUUGUCACAAAGCAAUACCUGAAAACGGAAAGGUGAUCGUGGUGGAAUCGAUUUUUACUGAAGAACCCGAAAGUAGUGUCAUUGCCAAAACAAUCAGUCAAAUGGAUGUGUAUAUGAUGAACAAAAAUCCAGGAGGAAAAGAAAGAACACAAAAAGAGUUCAUAGCUUUGGCUAAUGCAACUGGUUUUACACAGGUUAAGUUUAUUUGUCGUGUUUGUCAAUUUUGGGUCAUGGAAUUUUAUAAGUAAAAAGAUCAUCUUUUUAUUCAUUAGUGGUAGGAGCAAGAUGUUGAUUCUUGAUCUCAUUUUCAUAAGAGAUUGUAACAGCAUGACAUUAAAAAAAAUUGUGAGGACCGAUUUAAUUUGAUUAGUUUAUUUGACUUCAUAUUAGUAUUAGAUAUUACUAUUUCA